UUCAACGGCCACGCCUCCAUUUUUCUCCGACAACACUUAUUCCCCCUAAAAAAAAACUGCUUCUUCUUCUUCUUCCUUCUUUGUUCUUCUGAUUUUGAUUCUUUGAUUUCAUUAAUUUCUCGUUCAUCUUUCGUCCAAUUUGUCGUUACAGUAUCCGACGAGAAACUGCAUCUUGAGAUUUCCGUUGUGUUUUUCCCCUCGGUUUCGUAGCCGUUUUGUCAAUGUAAUUACACCGUUCAUUCAUCAAAACCCCCCCACCAGGUGUUCGAUGAUUUGCCCCAAUGAGGAUUUGAUUCUCUAAUUGGGGUUUCUUCGUUGUUUCUUGCUUGUGAUUCCACUUUCGUUGCUUUUGGAGGGUUGGUUCUGCAAUUACAGGGGAUUUUUUUAACUGAAAGGAUUUUAAUUGUGGUUUGGGAGGCGGUUUUGUGUGAUUUGGGGUGAUCUCUUUAACGGAAUCUUUCUCUCUGAGCCGGGAUGGAACAAUUCCGGCGCAUCGGAGAGGUAUUGGGAAGCUUAAAGGCUCUUAUGGUGUUGCGAGAUGAUAUUCAAUUCAACCGGCGUCAAUGCUGUUUACUGUAUGAUUUGUUUAGUUUGGCUUUUGAUACCAUUGCCGGAGAGAUAAGGGAUAAUUUGAAGGUUGAAGAGAAGAACACCAAAUGGAAAGCUCUUGAACAGCCUUUGAGGGAACUUCAUAAGGUUUUCAAAGAAGGGGAGCUUUACAUUAAACACAGCAUAGAUUCCAAAGACUGGUGGGCUAAACUGAUCAGCUUCCAUCAAAACAAGGACUGUAUUGAAUUCCACAUCCACAACUUGCUUUCCUGCUUUCCUGCUGUCAUUGAAGCGAUCGAGACGGCUGGAGAAAUAUCGGGGCUCGAUCAGGACGAGAUGCAGAAGAGAAGGCUUAUACUUGUAAGGAAAUAUGACAUGGAAUGGAAUGACCUCAAACUGUUCCAUUGGAGAUAUGGGAAACAGUAUUUGGUCCCUCGAGAAAUACGUAACCGAUUGCUGUGUGUUUGGAGAGAAGAUCGAUGGCUGAUGGCUGAAGCACUCAAGGAGAAGAUCAGUUCAUUGGGAGCAGCUGGUUCAAAGAAUGAGCAGCGGCUUGGGGAAUUCUUGAUAAAGAAAUUGAACAACUCGGAGCCAUUGAAUGCAAAGCUCUUCCCGAGUUCAAUUUUGUUAGGAACAAAGGAUUAUCAGGUGAGGAGACGGCUGGAAGGAGGGCAGUACAAGGAAGUCCAAUGGUUCGGGGAGAGCUUUGGACUGAGACAGUUCAUUGCAGAAACUGAACAAACAAAUUCUGAGGUUCAAACUCUUUUAUCACUUUCACAUCCAAAUAUUUUGCAAUACCUUUGUGGGUUUUUGGAUGAGGAGAAGAAGGAGUUCUUUCUUAUAAUGGAUAUGGUUUCCAAGGAUCUUUCUUCCUAUAUGAAGGAUAAUACUGGAGCCAGGAGGAAGAUCUUGUUUCCUCUCCAUGUUUCUGUUGAUAUCAUGCUUCAAAUUGCAAGAGGCAUGGAAUAUCUUCACUCACAAUUGAUGUAUCAUGGAGAUUUGAACCCUUCCAAUGUGUUUAUGAAGCCAAGAAACUCCUCAGAAGGCUCUUAUCUCGUGAAAGUUGCUGGCUUUGGUUUAUCAUCAGUCAAGAAUUCAUCUCCCAGAAACUCAACGAACCAAAUAGAAACUGACCCUUUUAUCUGGCAUGCCCCAGAAGUCAUGGCAGAGCAAGAACAAAAUGAUCCAGGAACAGUUACUUCUUUCAAGAAGACAGAGAAAGCAGAUGUUUACAGCUAUGGAAUGCUUUGUUUUGAGCUUUUGACUGGAAAAGUUCCAUUUGAAGAUGGUCAUUUACAAGGGGAGAAGAUGAGCCGUAAUAUCAGAGCGGGAGAGAGACCCCUCUUCCCAUUUCCAACUCCCAAAUAUUUGGUGAACAUUACUAAAAGAUGUUGGCAUUCUGACCCUUCUCAGAGGCCGUCUUUCUCUUCCAUUUGUCGAAUUCUUCGUCAGGUGAAGAAAUUCAUUGCCAUGACAAACCCAGAAAGCAAUGAGCUCGAGCUGCAAACGCCUAACGUUGAUUACUGCGACGUUGAAGCAGGGGUUGCAAGGAAGUUCUGCUUAGAUGGGGUUGGAGACUUGUGUUCUGUUUCAUAUAUUCCAUUCCAAAUGUUUGCUCAUAGACUUGCAGAGAAGGAGAAGACGAGUCCAAGCAAAGCCAAGGCAUGGGACUCUGCAAGUGAUGCGGUCUCCAUUAGCAAGGAUGAUUGGGCAUCCAUUUGCAGAGAUGACACAGCUUCUGUAGUAGAAGAUCCAUUCUCCACCAUCCCUGCAAGUGACACAAGAUCCACUUUUUCUGAUAGAAGAUCUGUUUAUUCAGAAGCUCCACCCAAGAAAAUGGGAACCAUGAGGAAACAUCCAGACACAAAAAUCAGAAAAGGCAUAGGGACCCCAGAAACAAAAGCACGAGUGACUCCACGAACGCCUUCACGAAUAACUUCACGACCUCGAGACUUGAAGACAAAUAGAGAUGUCCUGCUGCCAUUUUCGAGCCCUCUGAGUAAGGGAAGAAGAAGACCAAAUGGUCAUGUCUCAGACUCAGAAGCUCGCUAGCUUUUCUUGCCUGUCUUCACCUUUUUGUAGAGCUUUUCUUCUACAUUGUUGUGAAGCUUCAGUCAUUGUUCAAGUCACAUAGAUCAGAUACUGUAUUUGAUUUCUUUCCUCUUACAGAAAUAGUGUUAGCAUUGAGUUCUUGUUAGCUUCGUGUAAUUAAACUCUGUAGUUUGUGGACAUCUCAGAAAGAAUAGCAGAUGAUUCUGUUUC